UUGUCCUGUGGAUUACUCCAACUCUUAAGGGCAUUUAGUUUGUCUUGUGUAGCUUCUUCAUCCACACCACCGUGGUUAUAACUCAUGGCCUCCCUCCUCCGCAACGCCACACUCUCUCUCUCUCUGUCUCUCUCUCAGAGUUCCCAUCCCACCGCUGGAAUUAUAGUAGCAUUUCACAAUGCAGCGAGCUCUUCCUCUCGUCGCCGCUUCACUGCUGAUGUUGGCCGCAGCCACAGCGCCGGUGGCGCAAGGUCACAACAUAACCAAGAUCCUGGCGGAGCACCUUGAGUUCUCCACGUUCAACCACUACCUCACAGUCACCCACCUGGCCGCUGAGAUCAACCGCCGGCUCACCAUCACCGUGCUGGUCGUCGGGAACUCCGGCAUGGCCGACCUACUCGCCAGGCACCUUUCCCUCCUCACCCUCCGCAACGUCCUCUCCCUCCAUAUCCUCACCGACUACUACGGCGCCAAGAAGCUCCAUCAGCUCACCGGCGGUUCCACCCUGGCCUCCUCCGUCUUCCAGUCCUCCGGCCACGCCCCCGGCACCACCGGCUACAUCAACAUCACCGACCACCGCGCCGGAAAGGUCACCUUCAGUGCUGAGGACGACGGCGGCGCCCCGCCUGUUGACUUCGUCAAGUCCGUGAAGGAGAUGCCCUACAACAUUUCCGUGCUGCAGGUGAGCACCAUCCUUAGCUCUCCCGAGGCAGAGGCCCCCGUGGCGGCGCCCGCCCCCGUUAACCUCACCGAGCUCAUGAGUAAGAAGGGCUGCAAGGCCUUCGCCGACCUGCUCCUCGCUCGCCCGGACAUCCUCCAGACCUUCCAGGACAACCUCGACAGCGGGCUCACCGUCUUCUGCCCCGUUGACGCCGCCGUCAAGGCCUUCGCCGCCAAGUACAAGAACCUCACCGCUGACGGCAAGGCUUCCCUCCUCCUCUACCACGGCGUGCCCGUGUACUACUCCCCCCAGCUCCUCAAGUCCAACAACGGCGUCGUCAACACCCUCGCCACCGACGGCUCCAACAAGAACUUCAACUACACCGUGCAGAACGACGGCACGGACGUCACGCUCGAGACCCGCGUCGUCACCGCCACCAUCACCUCCACCCUCAUCGACCAGGACCCUGACGCCGUCUACGCCGUCGACAAGGUCCUCGAGCCCCGUGAACUGUUCAAGGUCGCAGAGGUCGUCGACGCCCCUGCCCCAGCCCCCGCCGGCUCCAACAAGUCCAAGCACGCGUCGCCGCCAGCCCCAGCCGGCCCCGACGAGGCGCCCGCUGACCAGGCUACGUUCGCAAACUCAGCCUUCAGGACCACCGCCGUCGGCCGGUGGCUCGAGCCCACCGCCGCUGCUCUCGCGGCGUCCUUCCUCGUCGUCGUCUAAUUAGCUACCCCGUUUCUCUCUCUUUUUUUCCCCCUAUUUUCUAAUUUCCAUUAUUAAAUUUUUCUUCUUUUUUCUCUUCCGAUGUUUUAGUUUAAUGCUUUGGGAUGGAUGAAUAGUUAAGGAGGAGAGAUAUUUUAUAUAUAUAU